AUGCCCUCCAAGAUUACUGAAGUUCUUCUUAGUUGGGAAGAAGCUGGAGCUGAAGCAACUAACAGAGAUAGAUGGAGGACUGUCCCAGCAUAUUUACACAGAAGAUACGCUGUCAAUCUUAGACAUACUAGGAUCUUUCUAGGAUUGCACUCUAGCACAUCUAAGAAAUUGUUUGUUUUUGUCAGGGGGCCUAGGAGGAUGCUGUGUGUCAUGGAUGCAAUUCCUGCUUCUUCUGUUGAACCUGGGGGUGUAGCCCCUACGCAGACAGAAUUUGUCCCUGUGAAUGUAGAUUCCUUUCCUUCCCUUCCCUUUUUUAGAUCAAAAUCAACUCGCAUGGAUAACUUCCCAUCCGGGCCUUUACCCAGUCAAAAAGAUGAAGUUUUAAGUUUGAAGAACAAGGCUCCUAGGUGGCACGAGCAACUCCAAUGCUGGUGUCUUAACUUCAAUGGCAGGGUAACAGUUGCUUCCGUAAAAAACUUUCAGCUAGUUGCUUCUCGAGGUGAUGGAGCUGGACAGGAACAUGAGAAUGUUGUUCUCCAAUUUGGAAAAGUGGGAGAAGAUGUGUUUACCAUGGACUAUCAGUAUCCUAUCUCUGCAUUUCAGGCAUUUGCGAUCUGCCUCAGCAGCUUUGACACCAAAAUUGCCUGUGAAUAAUGAGACAG